CAUUUCUGACAGACCGAUAGCAGGAAAAGAAACUAUCAGCACCGUCCCUCAGCUAUUAGUCAAGCGACACGGCUGGUAUACACACUUGAGACCGGACAAAAUGAUUCUGCUGCCGCUGGCGUGGACACUGUUGACGGUAUCGCUGUGGACAUCAGGUUCGAGCCAGAUCCUGCUGCAAGAACCCGUCAACAGUCUUUAUCCCAAGAUCCUCAGUACAGAGGAUAUUGGGUGUGACUGCGCUAACAUCUCCUGUGACUCUGUCUACUGGUUCCGCAGUAUUUCCAACCACGGCAAAGUAGAGUUCCUAGGCCAAUGUACCAUCGUACGUCCUACAUAUGGGUUGAAUGUGGACACGGCACGAUUCAAAUUCUUCUCGAAGGGCCCGUCCUUUACGCUACGCAUCAUCAAUGUGACAACAGAGGACGCAGGGAUUUAUUCUUGUGUUCUCAAGAGCAGGAAAGAAAACAAAGAAAUAUGGAAGCCUGGGACUCUUCUUCUGCCGGGAGUGAUCCCUCCAACAUUACCUCCUAAGGCAAAACCAACCAAACCACCAGUCAAGUCAGUUUGUCGCUGCUCUAAGAAGAAUUCUUCACAGGGCUGUGGCUCCCUGUUUCUGUGGCCGUUGGUUGGACUUAUUGCGGCCCUUGCUCUAGGUCUCAUCUGCACACUGUACUACUUCAGCCGGCUCCCCAAAAAAUGUCGGCACCACUUUGUGAAGAGGCGAUAGAUGACCCAAACACUGCAUCUACAGCUAAUCUCUGAAUCAAAUAGCUGGAAUGCUCCCUAAAGUGAUCCCUGAAGAUCUCCUCUGCUUACAACAACCUUCUGCUGACGUCACCUUUAUUAACAGUGAAAUGUGCGCCAGUCAGAGAAGAGUUAUAUGUUUUCAAGAGCAGCAACCAUGUAAAAUAGCAUUAGGGAGUGUGGACUAGUAGCAGCAGAGAUGCCACUUCACCUCCUGGACACUGCUGAGAUGCCCUUGAGCAUGGCACCGAACCCCUAACCCCUAACUGCUGUCCAUGGGCAGCCCCUUCACGCCGACAUCUCUCCAUUUAAUGCUUUUGUAUAGUUCCUGUUUGCAUAUGUGUGUAUAUUUCGGGCAUGUGUGUGUGUAAUGUGCAUAAACAGUGAAACAUUUGAAUUUCCCCCGAGGGAUUAAUAAAGUAUGUCUUCUUCUUCUUCAUAUAUUGCCUUUUUUAUUUUGUUACAUAUAUUACAAGACAGCUCAAUAGCUUCACCACAUGUAAUUAUAAUAAGCUCUUUGUUGUAACUUCUGCUCUAUAAUAUUUUUUGAUUUGUCAAUAUGCAGAUGACAUCAUCAUUUAUCCAGGUGCUUUUUCAUUUCAGCAGAUCUGUGAUCUGUAGCUUUUGGUUUUUAGUUUAUUAUUAUUAAAUCAAAACCAAACCGGCAGUACUUUUUCUCAAAGCCCACACCUAAUCUGUUUAUUUACAUACAAAACACAUAGAUCUUUAAACAGCUACAUGGAAAUACAGUAUAUGUUCAUUUGCUUUUUGCUCUCUUUUCAGUAUUUAUUUGUUAUUCAUAGUAUUGCCAAGUGUUUUGUUUUAAACUGCACUGUGAAGUGGGUUUUCUGUGAGCAUAAUUCUCUUUAAUCAAUAAAAUUGUAUAUUUUCAA